AUGUUAUUGUCUAUGUCUUUAGACCGAGUUUCUUCUUGUUUUUCUUUCUUUCUUUCUCCUUUUUCCUUUCUUUCUUUCUUUCUUUCUUUCUUUCUUUCUUUCUUUCAGUUCUUUUUGCUUGAUGUAUCUUCUUUUUUACUCUUUCUUUUGUCUAUUUUCUCUUUCUUUCUUUCUUUCUUUCUUUCUUUCUUUCUUUCUUUCUUUCUUUCUUUCUUUCUGUUUAUUCCUCGUUUUCUUGUUCUUCUCCUUUUCCAUUCUUUCUUUUUUCUUUCUUUCUUUCUUUUUCUGUUUUUGCUUGAUUUUUCUUCUCCCUUUUUCACUCUUUCUUUUUGUCUCUUUCUUUCUUUCGAAAGUUAUAUUUCUAUGUUUUUGCAUUAUUUAUUCCAUAACGCUACACCUUCUUACUUAGCAGCUUCUUUUAACCGUAUCUUUUGUUGUUCGUUGCUUGUUUUUAUUCUUUUUUUAUUCGCAUUUUAUUGUUAG